UCCAAUUUCUAUAUAUAUACACACAUUGAUCAACUUUGAGUAUGCAGUGCUAGAACUUUGUUCAAGAUCAGCUGUGAGAUCAGAAGCAAAUUCAAAAUGCCUCUAUCACCACCUUGUUAGGAUCAAGCUCACGUGAUAAGAACCAUGGCGCAUCGAGUACAGGAGCUACUUGUCCUGGUGGUCUUGGCCAUCUUUCCCAAAGCAAUAUUCGGCAAGCUAAACUGCAGCUCGAAGGCGGGCGACGCGCCCGUGGCAGUGGCGGAAGGCAGCAAUGGCUACUGCUUGAGCUGGAGGCUCGCGGUGGAGGCGAACAACAUACGUGCGUGGCGCACGGUCCCGCCUCAGUGCCAGCGCCACGUUGAGUCCUACAUGACCGGGGGCCAGUACGAUCGGGACCUCAACCUGAUUGCCGACCAGGUCAUGGCUUACGCCGAUGGGAUCGCAGUGUCCGAUGACGGAAUGGACGCUUGGGUCUUGGACAUCGACGACACCUGCAUUUCAAAUAUGUUUUACUACAAGGGAAAGAGAUAUGGAUGCGACCCCUUUGACGCAACGGGGUUUAAGGCAUGGGCAGUGCAAGGGGAGUGCCCGGCGAUAUCGACGGUGCUGCAACUGUUCCAAAAGCUGGUCGAGGAUGGGUUCAAGGUCAUCUUGCUCACUGGAAGGGACCAAGAGACUCUUGGACUCGCCACUUUUAACAAUUUGCUCAAUCAGGGAUUUUUAGGCUAUGAACGUAUGAUUAUGAGGACCCCGGCUUAUAAAGGACAAAGUGCAAUAAUAUUCAAAUCAGACAUAAGGAGGCAAUUGGUGGAAGAAGGGUACAGAAUCUGGGGGAACAUCGGGGAUCAAUGGAGUGAUCUUCAGGGUCAAUUCGUGGGCAACCGGACAUUUAAGAUUCCUAAUCCCAUGUACUUUGUUCCUUGAGAACAUCACAAACCGAUAAUUCCCAUAAUUUUCCGUACUUUUAC